AUGCCCUUCAGAGAUAUUGAAUUCAGAACUUUUGACAACCUCACCCUUCGAGGAUGGCUCUUCAUCCCUACCUCCUUUACAGGAAAGUUGCCAUGUCUUGUCAUGGCGCACGGCUUUGCAGUCCAUAAAGAGAUGGGUUUGAACAAUUUCGCGAAAUAUUUUACGUCGAAUUUGCGUAUCGCCUGCCUUGCUUAUGAUAACCGUUGUAUUGGCGCCAGUGAUGGCGAACCGAGACGAGAAAUUAUUCCAGCACUGCAAAUAAAUGACUACUCGGACGCUAUUACAUUCGCGCAGUCCCUACCAGAGGUUGAUGCCGACAAAAUUGGCAUCUGGGGCAGUUCAUACAGCGGAGGUCAUGUUCUCACUGUUGGUGCCGUUGAUCGUCGGGUGAAAGCUGUAAUCAGUCAGGUGCCCCUGACCAGUGGAUGGGACAAUUUCCAUCGUAUACACAGAGCAGAUUUCAUUCCAAGACUGAACAAGUUAUUUGCAGACGAUCGCCGUGCUCGCGCAAAGGGAGACAAACCAGGUCGGAUACCUGUGGUGGACAAGGACCCUCACGCAUUUUCUGUUCUUCCUUCGGAGGACAGCUAUAACGGCUACAUUCAAGCAGAAUCUCUGGGGUGGAUAAACGAUGUAACGCUCAAGAGCCUCGAGGCAUUCCGAGCAUACGAACCUGGAGCCUAUAUCCAGCGCAUUUCGCCUACUCCGCUAUUAAUGAUUGUCGUCGAUAACGAUCUUGUCGCCCCUACUGAUAUUACCUUGGAUGCCUUCGCCCGAGCGAAGGAACCGAAGCAAUUGCAUAUAAUUCCGGGAGGACAUUUUGAACCAUAUGAUGGGCCUCUUUUUCAACAAAAUGCUCCAGUCCAGGUCAAGUUCCUGCAAGAUCACCUUUUGGAGUAG